AUGACGACCAUAAAAAGCACUCUGAGAAAUAUUGGUCUUCGAGUAUGAUAGUAUGAAGAGGUCAGACCAAUAUAAACCCAACUAUAUAGUUAGAAUACAAUGAAAAUUCAGUUUAUUACACAAGAUCUCUGACCUGAAGGAGCAGACUGAAGAGCAAGACCGUCGAUAGUCACAUCGAACUCAAGAAUGAACUUCACUCUAAAAUCUGGUGUUCGUCUAGAUUUUAUUCAGGAAUCCACGUGUCCUCGUGUUCAAAAGGUUAUCCAGAGUGCAGAAUUCGCUGCCCGUUCAGGUUUAGCGAUUUCGUUAAUGAAUAUUCCUCUUGCCGUGGCUGCAUUUCUGGCAAACAUUGCUAUUUUCAUCGCCCUCCGAAAGGCAACCUCCAUUCAACCUCCAACCAAACUUCUGUUUGGUAACUUGGCGUGUACCGAUUUGUGUGUUGGUCUUAUUUCCCAGCCCCUGUUCAUCUUUCACUUGAUGUCUAUAUCUCAAAGGCGCUUGGAUCUUUGUCGAUACACCGAAAAGUUUGGCUACAUUUCUACCGUCUCUCUUUGUGGUGUGACCCUUUUGACGGUCACUGCUAUAAGUGUGGACAGACUCCUCGUGCUUUUCAAGGGGAUGGGAUACAGGCAAGUUGCCACAUUGGCAAGGGCUCGUGUUUUAAUAGUCACCAUUUGGAUUUCGAGUGUUUGCACUGGCGUGUCUUUCGUUUGGAACAUUCGACUUUUCUUCGGAAUCAGCUGCAUAUCGAUAGCUUCCUGUUUAGCAACAUCAACGUUUUGCUACACGAAGAUAUUCCUCACCCUCCGUCGACAACAGGAAAGAGUGCACCAUAAUGAUGGUCACCAACCUAAUAAGAGUUCGUCGCCAGUAAACGUGACACGAUACAGGAAGUCAGUUUUCACGGCGCUAUUGAUUCACUUUACUUUGAUCGCAUGCUAUCUACCGUACACUGCUGUUAAAACUGUCACUACAUUUGCUGUGGUUACGCCCGCUCUGCUGACGGUUGAAGCAUUUCUGGCGACGCUGAUUUACCUCAAUUCCACGCUGAACCCUGCGCUUUAUUGCUGGAGAAUAAAGGAAGUGAGAUACAAGAUUAAGGAGACACUAGAAAAUCUGUGUUAGGAGGCUAAGUAAAUGAAUAAUAGAUUGUUUCAGUGGAAUUCGUUUCAAAAGUCGACAAUGAAGGCCUUACGCAUAUGGGUAUUCAGUUAUAUAAAAAAAAUGGAACAUAUUUCAGAAAAUUUUGUCUGGUUAUCUCCUUGAACAAGAUUUGUUAUUCGUGAAAUAACGUGCAAUGAUGUUUGCCUGUCAUGAGAUAUCGUGGAUGUUUCCCAAGUUAUCAACCUGGGUAAUCAGCAAAAAGAUGGCAGCUAGAUGACAAUGAAUAUUAUGAAAUAAAUGAAGAUAGCAGAAAUCAUAUGUGAGACCGGCUGCUGAGCACGUGAGGUUUAAGAUUUAGUGGACAUAGCAAUGGAGCACCCUUAUUAAUGUUCUCAAAAUUUAACUUUCUUGCGUUACACACAUCAAGUUAUGUUUUCCAAGACACUUCUCAGCUGAGGUACCACUUUCGUGAGCAGUUAAAUUUAUUUUCCGAUUUUGACGAUUAAUUCAGACACGAUAUUUGUUAACGUUAGUUAUACGAGCUUUCACCUGCAUAAUAUCAGCAAAUAUCGUAUUACUACGGAAAUAUCGAACCAAAAUAAUACAAACAAGUCUCCGCGGGAAAACAACUUAUAGUUGUUAAUUGCGCUCGGUGUCAAACGAUAUAAUUCACGGUGUCUCAGAACUUGACUUUAUACGAUCGUUAACAGUUGCCUGCAGGGUUAUACGGGCUCUUAUUUCAUUAGAUUACUGUCCUCAAUAUCAAGUUUAUUUCAAGCUCGCUUAUCCGGUCACGCGAUCUUUUGACUAACCGAAAGAGCGCCGGCAUUAACUAAGGCUCUUAUAUACACGCGAGAUACACCGUACUCUAAUUAGAUAUCUCAGAAUCAUUUCAGUUAUACUGAUAUUAAAAGACUUACAAGAGGCUUGUAUAAAUAAGCGUGUUCUAUUUUCUAACACAGAAACUCUUAAGGUCUAUGAAUUUAUUUUAAUCAAAAUUUUAUUGUCAACAACUGUAUGUUAAGUUUAACUUUCAGAUAAAAUGAAACUCGCUAAGAAUAGAAUAUAAAAGGAGGCAGAACCUUAAUGAGAAAAGAUUAAACACGUACAAUCAGUACUCAGCAAAAACUAAUUCCUAGUCUAAGAACACGGCUAGAAUCGGGCAUAGCAAUUCAUUCGCAUGGUGCAUUCACCCGGCCAAUGCCAGAUUUCCGUCAUAAAAUGUUAUCAGUGUAUUUGGGAUUGUAAAAAAGAAAAUUUUGACAUAAGCGUGAGAAGAACGCUAUUGUAGAAAGGGAGCAUUACUGGACUACCACACGCAAGCACUUUAUAGAUACCACUCCAUCUAUUAAUCAUAAACUUAAUAUUUAAAAUCUAACUAAUUUUAGCUACUUGUUUUAAAUCCUCUAAAUUCUCCUUCCCCUUUCCUUACACUCCGUCGUUGGUUGAAAGUCGCCAUUUCCGAUUUUUUGGAGGGUGGGGGAGAUGGGAGAGGAUUCGAUACGAAGGAAAACACAUGGAUAAUAAUCUCGUCCCCAGGGUCUUCGACACAGUUAAACAAGCGUCUUUGAGCGUUCAUAAGGAUUAGGUUGCAUUGAUAGCGACUGGGUACGAGCCUGCCAUUUCCUUUCCUCAUUGACCUCAUUGAUACGUUAAAAUUCGUUGCAAAAAUCGAAGUCACUACACAGGUAUAGUAGCGUUGUUCGUUUGCAUGAAACCUUUAACGAAAUAUUAAUGGAGAAUAGUGCUAAAACGUAUAACUCUAUGCGUGUUAAAAUAUAAUCCUCCUUAAGGAAAAGUUGACAUCCAAAGGGAGGUAUCACUUUAGAGGCAAACUGACUGACAAACACCAAUAAUAUCCUGUGUCGGAGAAUCAUAACAUCUUUGAAACCGACCGAAUUUCAUGCAAA